GAGAGUUUGACAUCGUGCUCCAUAUGCCUGGUCGACUAUGAGGUUGGUGACGACGUUCGCAUGCUGCCCUGCCUGCAUGCCUAUCACAAGGCAUGUGCGGACGAGUGGCUCAAGUGCAGUCACUCCUGUCCUGUCUGCAAGACCAACAUC